AACCAGGAACUGCCCCAAGAAAUGUUCAAGUACGUCCUCUCAGCUCCAGUACUAUGGUAAUAAAUUGGGAUGAACCAGAAACACCCAAUGGUCAAGUGCUGGGUUACAAAGUGUAUUACACAACAAAUUCUGAAUUACCAAUAACACAGUGGGAAUCACAAAUGGUGGAUAACAAUCAGUUAACAACAAUUAGUGAGCUUAUUCCUCACACAAUCUACACAAUAAAAGUUCAAGCAUACACAUCUGUAGGACAUGGUCCUCUUAGUUCGCCAGUUCAUGUUAAAACACAACAAGGUGUACCAAGUCAGCCAAGUAAUUUGCGUGCCUCAGAUAUUGGAGAAACUUCAGUGACAUUACAAUGGAGUAAGCCAACACACUCGGGAGAAAGCAUAGUGAGUUAUGAACUAUAUUGGAAUGAUACCUAUGCUAAAGAAAAACACCAUAGACGUAUACCCAUAUCAGAGUCAUACACUCUAACAGGACUUUAUCCAGAUACUAUUUAUUAUGUUUGGUUAGCUGCUAGGUCCCAAAGAGGUGAGGGUGCUACUACUCCACCUAUUCCAGUGAAAACGAAGCAGUAUGUACCGGGUGCCCCACCCAGCAAUGUUGUUGGCGAGGCGGUAAGUCCUACUGCCAUUCGAGUGUCUUGGAAUCCUCCACCUGUCAAUCGUAGUAAUGGAAAUAUUGUCUACUAUAAAAUACAAUUUGUGGAAGCCGAUAGAUCUGAUAGUGAAGCAACUGAAAUCAGAUUUAAUGGUACUAGUAUCACGCUUGACGAACUAAAAAGAUGGACUUCCUAUAGAAUUCGAGUCUUGGCUGGUACUUCUGUAGGAGAUGGGCCUAGUUCGUUGCCUAUCACCGUGCAAACUCUUGAAGAUG